UUUGAGUGUCAAGUAUCCAGGAAGGAAAUCGUUGACUAAAAUUUGAGAGAUUCGGAGAAUAUUCUUUAUUAUUCGUACGUGCUUCUACUAAUACACGUAUUAUUGCAAGGGGCGAAAUAAGAUGUCAAACGUGAAAGAACAACGAUUUAACUUUCACGAAGUGACUAUAUUCAACGAGAACGGAGAAUAUGUCGUCGUAUCACGAACAUCCUUGAUACAAAAUGGAGGAUUGCUGAAAAACUUCAUAAUUGUGUGUCCGAAUGAAAUGAAGUUAAUUCUGACAUUACCUCUGACAUUGAAAAUGCUGAAUGAAUUUGCAGGGUUUUUGGAGAAAGAAGGUGUUAUUUUUACUUCUGCGGAUAAUGGAUUCGAAAUGUACCUCAUCGGCAAACGUUACUUCAUUACCCAACUGCAAAGAAUGUGUUUCCAUUAUCUUACAGAGUCGAUUUUCUGCACAAACAUUUGUCGCAUCCACGAUUUUGCUUGCAGACACAACGCAAAACAAUUGCAGUUUCAUUCUUGGCGAAGUUUCCGUUGGUUCCAAAAGAACUAUUUCCACACAGAUGAUUUCAAACUUUGUGAAGAAAGUACCAUUUACAAGUUGUUGAAGUGCUCCGUCUUUUCCACAAUAGAAGAAUCUGAUUUGUUGCGUGCUCUUCUCGAGUGGGUCGAGCAAAAAUUUUGUAAACUGAGAAAAACACACGACGACAUUUCGAAGGGAGAAAUAAUAAGACCGUUCCUGCCGUUGAUUAGAUUCUCUAUGCUGGAACCACGGUUAAAAGAACAGCUUUUGAACUUGAUUAGCAAUGUUUGCAUUUCGACAAAAGAAGUUAAAUCCAUAAGAAGAUAUCAAAUUCAAAAAAAUGUCGCGACUCUUCCACCAAUAAUAUCUGCUUACGCUAAACCGAGAAGAACUUCUGAAUAUUCUUCGUUAAUUGCCGAAAAUUCCAUGACGUAUGAAGUGUUGAAACGAAAUACAAGAAUGAAACCAACUUUUCUGUUUAUGGCUGAUUUCUGGGUUUCCAAAAGUUGUGUGGUGAAUGCGAUUGCUCUGCCAAUUAGCCAUCGAAACCACGAAGGAAUAGAGGUUUUGGUCGGUAUGAAGUCGACGUAUUCGCAACAUUUCGUCUACGAAAGAGAGAUCUGUGGUAUGGACGGAUUU